AUUAAAAGCAACGCACGCUCGCGCGACUGGGCCAGCACCCUCUCCUUUCUUCCCACCAGCCACACUAGGUUACUGACCAGUGUCUGGUCCUGCUGCCCUGCUUCACAACUCGACUCGACCCGGCUCAACCCGUGCAUCUGGGUGUCGACGAGCGAGCGAGCGCCUACAAGAAGACCCGACCCACGGCUUCAACAUCUCUACAACGGCGUCUUCGCAGGGCGGGAGGACUCGAGCGCGAGUAUGAAGAGUUGGUUCUUAUGGGGCGAUACGACGAUACCCUCGGGCUGCUCCUGAUCGCAGCGUUUUUCAACACUUUUCUAUAUGGUGUAGUUACGAACCAAUACUGUUUAUAUUUUAACAACUUCAAUGACCGGCGCAUAAUGAAGGCCAUGGUUUCCUUCAUGUUUCUCCUCGACACGGCCCAUUCCGCUGCACUCAUUUACAUGUCGUGGUCGUAUACCAUAACGUAUUUUGGCGACCCUACUGAGCUGGCCAUCGAUGAGUGGCCGUAUGCUCUCACCCCCGUGCUUACAGAGUGCACGGCACUGGUGACCCAGCUUUUCCUCGCAUGGCGCAUAUGGCGACUUAGCAGCAACCGCAUCCUGGUAGGAAUAGCGUGUACACUGGCGUUUUCUGCGUUCGUUCUCGGCAUGACCUCGGGCAUCAAGUCCGCCAUCCUCAAGCUACACUCUAAGAUGACCUCCAUGGGCGGCAUCAUAGCGUCGUGGAUGGUCAUGCAGGUCGUCACCGACUUCUUCAUCACCACAACGCUCAUCAUCACCCUUGUACGCUCCAAGAGCGAGUUUGAGAAGACGAGGCACAAUGCGGGGAUGUUCAACCAGCUCAUCCGGGGCGCGAUCCAGACCGGCCUCUUCGCGAGCGCGUUCGCCGUCAGCGCACUCAUCUCGUUCAUUCUCUGGCCGGGCAGCACGCUCUACGGGCUCUUUACGCUGCCCGUCGGGAGGAUCUACUCGGUUACGCUCCUCAACACGCUCAUCAGUCGUGCUGACCUCCAGACACCGCAGCGGCGCGUGCACCAUACCGUCAUGCCGGCACAGGGCGGCGACUCCGGGGACAGCACCGAGCCGCUGCAUUUUACGACGGUGAUCACCGUCCCAGCAUUCGAGGACUCCCAGAUGUCCGGACAGGCAGCGAGCGAGGUCCACACCGCACCAGACGCCUUUGAGAUGCACCUUCUGGAUGUGGGCGCUCGAUCUGAUACACGAACGGAUGCGAGAGCGGAUGCAGACGUGGAGGCGGACGUCGAUGGGAUUGUGGGCGAUAAUAAUCAGAGCCUGUGACGACCGGAUCGCCACAGUGUUAGCUGCUGUCGAUAGUUCUACUAGUG